AUGCAAGGGAAGCUGCAUGCUGAUGAGCGUAGGCAUGCCAGGGAGUCCGAGAUAACGACCGGAGAUACAGUGAUGCUGAAGAACUACGAAUCCGGUAAACUCGAGCCGAAUUUCAAAAUGGAGAAGUUCAUGGUCCUCGCACGAUCCGGAAAUGAUACGCUUAUUGCCAACGAAGACGGAGUGAAGUACCGUCGACCAGAACAGCAACCCACCCACGUGUCCACGGAAGGAAAACAACUAAGAAACAUGGAGGAUGCAAUGGUCCUGACCGCACCUUCGCCAAAGGUAGACAAGCUGGGAAUGAUAAUCGAGUUUGGUACUAUGGUGCAGGCACUUUGCGAUCAUAUUAUCGCUGCACAUCUAUACGACCAUCUUGCGAACCCCACUUUGCUGAAAGAUUUGGUGGAGAAACUACCUGCCGAGUAUCGAAUGAGGUGGGCUGGACAUCGUAGACAGCAAAGGGAGGUAAAUUUGAAGACCUUCAGCGAUUUCAUGGAGGAGAUCGUCAGCGAUGCCUACAGCGUGUCGAACGUAGCCACUACUUUCGAACGAUACAGCAAACAGGAUCGCCCGAAGCCACGAGAUCGGAAUUUAAUUCACACUGAAGCGGGGAAGGUGGAUUGCUUGGUGUGUAAAAGAGAAGGACAUCGCGUAAAGGAUUGCAAAAUAUUCUCCGCCUUACCGGUCGACGACCGCUGGAAGAAGGUGCAAAGUUUGCAAUUGUGCCGAACCUGCUUGUCGAAUCACGGGCGAAGAGCAUGCCGCAGUACGAAACGCUGUGAGGUCGACGGAUGUCAAUAUCGGCACAAUCCACUCUUACAUGCUUCCGCUUCGAAGUACAAGAGACAAACCAGCGAGUCGCAUGUACAGUAUCACCUCAACGAAGCAUCCAUACCGUCUUUACUUUUCCGCAUACUUCCGAUCACAUUACACAAUGGUCUCAAAAGCGUGAAAACGUUUGCCUUUUUAGACAAAGGAUCAUCCGUAACCAUGAUCGAAAGCAGUUUGGCAAAGGAAUUGGGCGUUACCGGGUACAAAAAGCCACUCUGCUUGAAGUGGACCGGUGACGUGACCAGGGAAGAACUUGACUCACAGCGCAUCUCGAUCCUCAUCUCCGACUGCGGAAAUUCUAAACGGUACAGAAUGAACGACGUUCGCACAAUCCAAGCUUUGGAUCUUCCUAUGCAGAGUCUACCAAUCGACAAGCUGAUGAAUAUUUACCCCCACCUCGCUGGACUUCCUGUUCGAGGUUAUCACAACGCAGUUCCCAAAUUGCUCAUCGGUGUCGAUAAUCUGCGACUGGCGCUUCCGUUAAAAACUCGGGAAGGUGUUACGGGUGGCCCUACGGCCGUCAAGACACGCUAUCACAUCUGUGAGUGUGGGGGAGAAGAGGCCUUUGACGAAGCCUUGAAGAAGUACUUUUCUUUUGAGGAGGCCGGAAUUAAACCAACGGGUGCGGUAAUGUCUGAAGAGGACAAACGAUGUGCCCGAAUAUUAGAAACUACUACUAAACGAGUCAACGAGAGGAUUGAGUCGGGGCUGCUGUGGAAAUAUGAUAACUUUGAGUUCCCAGACAGUUACCCGAUGGCGGUCAAACGACUCCAGUGUCUCGAGAGCAAAAUGGCUAAGGAUCCGUCGCUCAAGCAAAACAUCUUGCGGCAGAUUGACGAGUAUCAGCAGAAGGGCUAUGCGCACCGAGCGACAGCGGAAGAAUUAGCAGAAACGGACCCUUGUCGCACAUGGUAUCUCCCCCUCGGAGCGGUGACCAACCCGAACAAGCCAGGGAAAGUUCGAUUAAUCUGGGACGCGUCCGCAAAAGUGGAUGGCAUAUCCUUAAACUCGGUUCUACUAAAAGGACCCGACAUGGUAACUCCACUGUGCUUCGUAGUCUUUCGGUUCCGACAAUAUACUGUAGCCGUAAGUGCAGACGUGAAAGAGAUGUUCCAUCAGGUCCGUACGAGAGGUGCGGAUCGUUCUGCACAAAGUUUCCUGUUCCGUGACGACCCUUCGGAAGAACCUCAAGUGUUCCGUAUGGACGUUGCUACAUUUGGUGCGACGUGUUCACCAGCCAUCGCACAGUACGUCAAGAACGCUAACGCAAGAUCUUUCGAGAAGGAGUUACCACGAGCUGUUGAGGGGAUAGUUUUCAAUCACUAUGUUGACGACUAUCUGGAUAGCUUCUCCACCGAGAAUAAGGCGAAACAAGUUGCGUCUGAAGUCCGAGAGAUCCACAAACGAGGAGGGUUCGAGAUUCGGAAUUGGUGUUCGAAUAGCCCAACGGUUCUUCAGCAUUUAGGGGAGAGUCAACAGCAUCCGGUGAAGCAAAUGUGUCUCGAUGAAAAGGAGCAAUCUGAACGCGUCCUGGGAAUGCGUUGGAUGACAAAGUCCGAUGAGUUAUGUUUUUCAGCUACGAUGCGUGGAGAUGUCGCAUCCAUUAUCGAGAACGGCCACAAGCCAACAAAGAGACAGAUUCUUCGGUGUGUGAUGUCUCUCUUCGACCCACUGGGAUUCCUCGCCCCAUAUUUGGUCUUCGGCAAGGUACUCAUUCAAAGCGCUUGGCGUUUAGGAAUCGGCUGGGAUGAGAAAGUAGACGAUCGGUUGUUCGAGCAAUGGCGCAAAUGGACUGAGAUGAUCGAUCACAUCAAUAGCGUUCGGAUUCCAAGAUGCUACUUUCGAAAGACAGGGGCCACAAAUUUAGCAAACGUUCAACUACAUACCUUCGUCGAUGCAGGCCAGGACGCUUGUGCCUGGGUGUCGUACCUUCGAGUUGUCAACGAAGAUGGAGAAGUGGAAGUAGCGCUAGUUUCCGCAAAAACGAAGGUUGUUCCGCUGAAACCAGUCACUAUUCCGAGAUUGGAGCUUCAGGCCUGCGUGAUGGGAACGCGUCUCGCAAAAUACAUUAUCGACGGCCAUUCCUACUCGAUCAAAAAGCGGGUAUUUUGGAGCGACUCAAGUGCAGCCCUCAGUUGGAUUGGUGCGGAUCCUCACAAGUACAGUCCCUAUAUAGCGUACCGAGUGUCCGAAAUAUUGGAAGUGACCGACCGCACCGAGUGGCGCUGGGAAGCAUCGAAAGAUAAUCCAGCUGACGAGGCUACGAAGUGGGGAGCUGGACCGUAUUUCAAUUCCAACAGCAUCUGGUAUAGCGGACCUGAAUUUCUAUACUUACCUGAGCGAGAUUGGAAGAGAGGUGAUCCGGAAAAAUCAGGAGAAGAAGAGCUACGAGCUUGUUACGUUCAUCGGGAGAUACAUGUUCCCGAAUGUAUUGUAGACAUCGAACGAUUCUCGAAGUGGACGCAUUUGCAACGCGUCAUGGCAUACGUUCACCGUUUCACCAACAACUGUCGCAAUGUUCGCCUUAACACCAAGGUUCUUACGAAGAAGGAGCUGAAAAUGGCCGAAAACUCAAUUUUCCGACUAGUUCAGUGGCAAUCCUUUCCUGACGAGAUUAUCACCCUGUCUACAAAUCGUUUCCUCCCGUCAGAGCAACAACGACCGUUAGAGAAAUCCAGCACUAUCUACCAGGUCACACCAAUGCUGGAUGAAUUUGGAGUUCUACGCGUGAACGGCAGAAUCGCGGCAGCGCAAUGUGCUUCAACUGAUGCCAAAUACCCCAUCAUCCUUCCGAGGAAACAUCGACUGGCAGCGCUUCUGGUGGAUCACUAUCAUCGUCAACUCAAGCAUGGCAACAAAGAGACCACAGUCAAUGAGAUUCGUCAACGUUUUCAUAUUCCGAAGCUUCGCUCUUUCGUGAAUUUCGUCACAGCUCGGUGCAAUCUUUGCAAGAUACGGAAAGCACGACCGAGCAUUCCACAGAUGGCCCCACUUCCGCAAGCCAGAUUAUCACCAUUCACCCGUCCAUUCAGCUACGUUGGACUGGACUAUUUUGGUCCCUUUCUUGUGAAAGUUGGGCGUAGUAAAGUGAAAAGGUGGAUUGCGCUCUUCACUUGUCUGACGAUACGAGCCGUCCACCUGGAAAUCGCGAGCAACUUGACAACUGAAUCCUGUGUAGCGUGCGUUCGUCGAUUCGUGUGCCGUAGAGGAUUUCCCGUUGAAAUCCACAGCGAUAACGGCACCAACUUUCAAGGUGCAGAGCGAUUACUACGUGAGCAAAUCAAUACCAAGCUUGCGACUACGUUCACCAGUUCAACAACAGCUUAG